GACCCCAACAAGCGGUUCGGGGAGUCUCUGGGCGCCCUGUCAGGAGGCAGAUUGUCCAUCACCAGAAUGGCUCAGGUCAACCUGAAGCUGGCUCUGGUUAUUGCCAUCCGCUUCUCAGCCGCCAGGAGACAGUUUGGACCCAAAGACACAGAGGAGAUUCCUGUAUUGGAGUACCAGCUACAGCAAUGGCGUCUGAUCCCGUACCUGGCGGCAGCGUACGCUCUCGAACACUUCAGCAAAACCAUCUUCAUGAACUUCGUCGAGCUCCAGGUCGGACAGAUGAUGAGGGACAAGAGUGAAAGACAA